GCCGGAUUGGUCGCGGCGGCGGCUGCGAAGGGGGCGGGGAAGACCCAGGCCGGGGGGAGUGCGUUGGCAGCUGAACCGGCGUCGGGGGAUGAUGUCAAUGGAGGUGGGAAUGGAAACGUUGGCGUGAAUGGGACCACCACCACCAGCACCACCACCCCACCCCGCCGCGCAACGCCGCUAGCAGCCCCCGCGCGCAAGAUGGGUCUCGGGGUGAUCGAGACCGACGAAGGCGACCUGACGCGGCUCGGGCGGGCGUUGAAGAAGAGCGUGCAGGCGGUGGCAAGGGGGGGUGCGGGUAGCAGCAGCAGCAGCAGCGGUGGCAGUCCGACCAACGCAGCCGAUUCGGACGAUGCGUUGGUUGUGGAUGAUGUGUUUGGGGGUUACGCCGCCGCGGGGGCUGCUGAACCCGCCGAGUUCACCGCCGAUGCCAAACCGGGGUCGUCGCCCGUGACGGCUAUCAAGACCACGACACCGCCAUCAAGCACCCCCUCGUUGACCUCCCUCCUCUCCUCCUCGCCCUCGCAAAUACAAAGUCCCUCCACGCCAACCUCACACCCCUACCAGCUCCUCCGCCGCCACAAUGGCACCUCCCCGACAUCCCCGGCUUCCAUGAGCAGCUGCAGUUUCGGGAACAGCGUGACCUCCUCCUCGUCGACGGGGCUAUGCCGACGCCGCGUCUCGUUUGCGCCCAACCCGGCGGCGGUUGUGAUUGAGUUUGACCAGACGGCGCCGGCUACGCGGUGUUUGGGGAGGGUCGAGAGGGCGGGGAGUGGGUCUGUGGGUCCCACUGCAUCUCCAACAACGGUGGGGGAAACCACACCCAAGCUUGUGAGUGAGGGGUCGGAUCUGACCCUGGGCGGUGCAGCUGCGUUCGACGGCGGGGUCUUACCUCCCUCCCCGCCAAAAGAAGGGUCGCGACACGCCCCACCGGGUCCGAUCACCACAGCCGUCGAGAUCGGAUCCAAACCCGGCUGGACAAACACAUCGGGAGCCUCACUACUACCCAGCCCCUCCUCAUUGGACAACUCCACCGACUCCGCACACUCCCUCUCCCCGACCCCGACCACCAUCUUCGACAGCAGCCCGGACGGGUCCACCGCUGUCCUCUCAGACACAGACGCCGACACGCCCGUCCUGACGUUAACAGAACACGCGGCCCACGAAGCGCACGACCUCGCCCUCGCCACCAAAAUCCGUGCCAAACAGGUCCGUGCGCUCCAAGCCGCGCGCGAAUUGACCGCGGCGGCCGCGUUGCGGGAGCACGAGGCGCGGUUGAGGGAGGCGGCGGCGAAGAGUGGGGGGACGGGGAGGAGGAGGGGGAGCUGGGCGACGGCGAUGAUGAGUGCGGGGAUGGGGCCGGUUUUCCCUUUUUAGUGCUGCGGAGGGGAG